CCACUGUCGAGCUCUGCUUCAUCAACGCCACAGCUAAUCUAAUGGAGUGGUCUGAAGAAGAAGGAGAGAUUCUACCUGAUUUCGUUGAUAACUACUAUUUCAUUGAUCAAAGUGAAGAGCUUGUCAAGUUUUGUGAUUUGCCACUGAAAUGGAAUAGCGUUGAUUAUGAUGAUGAUAGCUCAGGAUUGUCUGUGUUUCUGCGUGGUAAUAUUGACUCUGGAGACGAGUCAUUCUCUAAGCUUGUUAAAGGUUGGAACUUUUAUCUUUCUUCUGUUGAUGAACAUCCCAAAAUUGAGGUUCUUCUACAUGGGUUGCAUUGGAUAACUCUACAAAGCCCAAGAAAGAGUUAUGAGACUUUGAUAAGAACAAGUCUGGUUACUCUUCAGUUUCUUCACUUUGUUAAAAGGGAUCCGGAUGUUGCAAGUGGUGAUGUGUGGAGUAGUUUACAGAAAGUUCAUGGGAUCCAGCCUUCUGAGGAUGACUUUUAGAUCAUGUUUCUUUACUCUGUGAAGCUAUGAAAAGAGAUGAAGAUUUGACAAAAUCAAAGAUUUGAGAGUCUUCUUUUAUUGAGUGGCUACUUGAGAAUUCAGAACACAUAUUAGUUUAGAAGGAAUCAAAUUAAUCAGAAAAGCAACUCUCAUUUGUAUAUUCACUGCUUCUCCUUGAUGAUUUAUUGUGUAGUUUUUGAUUACGUUUCUGGGGAAGACAUCACAAACAACACCUAUCGAAGUGGAACUUCCAACAGACCAUCUACAAGAUGCUCAGACACCAAUGGAACAGGACUCCAUUGUUGAGAAUAUGACAGAUGAGGAAAACAGCAGCAGUAGCGAUGAUGAUUCUGAGGCGAACCUGCAGUUUGAUCCAGUAUGUUCUAUUUGUGACAAUGGUGGUUAUGUUCUGUGUUGUGAAGGAAGUUGCUUGAGAUCUUUCCAUCCAACCAUAGCUGAUGGAAUUGAGACAGAGUGCGAAUCGCUAGGAUUCACUGAUAAGACUCAAAUUCAGGCACUCGGGACCUAUUUGUGUAACAAUUGUCUCUAUAAACAGCACCAGUGCUAUGCUUGUGGCGAAUUGGGAUCCUCUGAUGAAAAUUUCUCUCAACAGGUCUUCCCUUGCUCUGCGUCAAACUGUGGUCAUUUCUACCAUCCUGAAUGCGUUGCAAGACUUCUCUGUGCUGAUGAUCAAAACAAAGCAGAAGAACUUCAAGCCAAGAUUGCUGCUAGAGACUGCUUUGCCUGUCCUCUACACACAUGUAAACUCUGUAACAUGAGUGAAGACAAGAAUCAAUAUGCGUGCAUUUUGCUGUAUGCAGACGUUGCCCAACAGCUUAUCACAGAAAAUGUUUACCUAGGGAUAUUACUUCUGAACUCAACUCUGACGAUGAGACAUUGCAAAGAGCUUGGGAAAGUCUGCUUCCUUACAACCGCAUUCUUAUAUAUUGUUUCUUUUCAUAAACUUUUGAACAGGGCCCAUGAGAUAGACGGUCUUAUUCUUACUCCAGCUAGAGACCACUUAGUUUUUCCUGAUGUAUCUGGACAAAGAAGAACACGAAGUCACGGGCUAGCACAGUUCAAAGAGGAUGUUCUGGGUAUGGAGACGGAUCAUUGUCAUCAUGAGGGUCUAUUUACUGGUCUUGGUAUUACUGACCCUUAUGAGAAACCAAAAAAAGAUAUUAGCUGCGAUGAGGUGGAACAGAGGGUGAUGGGUAUAAUCGAUGAAGUGGAAUCCUCGUUUAACUUUGAUGAGUUCGUUAAGUCUCGUAGGCCAACCCAUAUAAAAUCCUACCACUCAGGAAACUAUUUUAGUAAGAACAUCACAACAGGAUUGGUUCGGACUCAUGUCAAUGCUGCUCGAGCUGCCUUAAAGAUGUUUGAAGAAGGGCGUGACAGAGAUGCAAGAGCUUUAUUUGACCCAGAUAGCCUACUCCAACUCAUGAAGCAUAAGAAAAAGCUUGAAAUUUCGCCUUUUCUCCAUGGUAUGCGCUACACAUCGUUUGGUCGUCACUUCACAAAUCCAGAGAAGCUUAAAGAGAUUGUAGAGAGGCUCCACUGGUAUGUCGAAAAUGGCGAUACGGUAGUCGACUUUUGCUGCGGCUCUAAUGACUUCAGUUGUUUGAUGAAAGAAAAGCUUAUGGAAACGGGGAAAAUAUGCUUCUACAAAAACUUAGAUCUCAUCCCACCUAAGAACAACUUCAAUUUUGAGAUGAGAGAUUGGCUGAGUGUGAAGGAAGAAGAGUUACCCGAUGGCUCUCAACUGAUUAUGGGAUUGAACCCGCCUUUUGGUUACAAAGCCAGUCUUGCUAACACUUUCAUUAAGAAGGCCCUCGAGUUUAAACCGAAGAUCUUAAUCCUCAUCGUACCAAGUGAAACAAAAAGGGUCGAUGCGAUUGAUGAUUAUGAGUUGAUUUGGGAGGACAGAAAUUUACUUGCUGGAAUGUCGUUCUACUUGCCUGGGUCAGUAGAUGUGAAUGAUAAAACGAUAGAGCAGUGGAACAAUAUAACGCCACCUCUAUACCUUUGGAGCCGAAGGGAUUUGAGUAGAAGCCACAAGACCACAGCAGUUCAACAGGGUCACAUAACACAGAUGCAUCACUUCACCUACAAUGGCGAUAGUCACCACACAGAGAUCCCUCAAGGUGAUGAUGAUACUGAUAUGGUACAAGACAUGGAGAUAUCCCCUACCUGAAUAUAUGACUUAACUUGUUGGAGUGCGAGAGAAGAAACAUUACCACAUCUUUAGCUUUUGGAAAUAUUAUGAGAUUAACCUUAGUGCUUUAAUUCUCUUCUUUUUUUCUUAUGAUUUUUUCAAAACACAAAAGCUAAAUUUAAUUUAUUGAAUAAUCUUUCUUUCUCACGUUCAUGUCCAUGUCCCUAAUUAGAUUCCAAAUUUAAUCACUUGACUCAUUGUUGUUACUACUAUUUCUCUCUUGAUUUUCUAAAAAUUAUUGUUUAUCUCUUUC